GCAGCAGCAGCAGCAGCAGCAGCAGCAGGGACAGGAGGGCGUGGCUCUGCCGGGAAGUGGAAACCCACUGAGGAGGAGGUGUGACUCGCCGACCUGGAGCGACUCGGCCAUGUGGGGAUGAGAUGUGAUAGAUUCAUCUGGAUCACAGGAGGAAGGGAAACAACACGUAGAAUCUCUGAGUGCCUGGUUGACAUCCCGGUUGACAGAUUGGAUAUUUUCAUUUGACACCUGACCCGGUUGAGGAUGAGCGGAGCAGGAGACGUGGUGUGUGAAGGCUGGCUGCGAAAAUCACCUCCAGAGAAAAAACUGCGCCGUUAUGCAUGGAAAAGGCGGUGGUUCGUCCUGCGUAGCGGGCGGCUGAGUGGAGAACCAGACGUUCUGCAGUACUACAAGAACCAGCAUUCCCGGCGCCCGAUUGGGACCAUCAACUUGAAUCUGUGUGAGCUGGUCGACGCCGGCCUCUCCUUCACCAAGAAGGAGCUGGAGAGCAGCUUCGUCUUCGACCUGAGGACCGAGGAGAGGACCUGGUACCUGGUGGCCGAGUCUGAGGAGGACAUGAACCGCUGGGUCACGUCCAUCUGCCUCCUGUGUGGCUUCAACCCCACCGAUGACGCUGCAGAAAGACAGUUAAGGUCCAACUCUGCCUCCACCUCCGUGACCGCAACCAGAGGCACGCCUACGACCACCAUGGUAUCGGGGUCCAUCCCGCCCCCAUACGACCCUGUGGGUGUGCGUCAUCUGGAGCAUGACAGCAGUGCAGAGGAUGAUUACCUGUGGCUAUCAAACUGCCAGACUCACACCAGGCCGGCUUUGGGCUCAUCCACCUCUCUGGAGACGGACUACAGUGGCAACCUCUACCCUCCUCCCUCGGCCACCUACUCUUCCUCCUCUUCCUGCUCUUCCUCUUCUUCGCUUCCUCCAACCAGCCUUCCACCUCCAACCUUGUCCGGGUUCAGGUCGGCUCCUUGGACAAUGAUUGCCAUGGCGAGCCCCCUCAGCCAGUCCCUGGACGCCACCCUGACGUCCGACUUCCAGAAACGAGCCUCCCGGUGUCACGGCCACCCUUCCCCUCAUCCCAGGAAGCACUCCUUAGAUUUCCACCUGCGUCCGGCAGCCACAACACUCAGCGAUGACAACCGCUCCAACGCUCAUCCCUCCAGCACCACGAGUGGCUACCAGGUCCCCCGUCCAGCAUCCACCCCUCAGCUGCCUCCCCCACACCGGCCCUCUUCUACACCUAGCGUGGACUCGCUGACUCAGGCCGAGCUCCACGCCGCCAUCCCGCCGCCUCCUCCUCGGCCGCCCAAGCCUCCAGCCGUCACCCUGCCUGCAGAGAUCGCCGCUGUUGGCACAGGGCCUGGUGCGCUGCCACGAGCCAACUCUGAACCAGAGAGGAGAGACGAAGGCAUCAGCAGAGGAACCCUGACCAAAGGGAGCGAAUCUGUCUUCAUUCCUCGGACUCAGUCUGACAGAGCCACUGUGUUUGAGUUCAGUGAGAGCUUCAACACCUACUUUUUUAAUAAAGGCAUGGUACCUCUGGGAAGCCUUUGCUCUGAAGAUGAUGAUCUGGAUGAAAGUUAUGUUCCCAUGAGCGCCUCCACCAAUGAGCCACCGGUUGCAGCCAGGGCUAAUCCAGGGGGUCCAUCAGACUUUACUGCUGAGCUCCAAGAUGGCAACUACGUGCCAAUGACCCCAUUGACCUCCUCCCUACCUGCUUAUCCCGUCGCUGCUGCAGGUGACCUGGCUUUGCUGGGGAGGCAAGUGCCUCCGCCGGCCCACAUGGGUUUUCGUAAUCCCACAGUGACCCCGGUGGUUUCCUCCACCCUGCCCCUGCGGAGGAAUACGAUGCACAACACCAGCGGAGGUGAAGCUGAAGUGGCUCCUCCUCCAAUCCACCGCAACCUGAAACCUCAGCGGAAAGGAGUUUGUGGGAGUCAGUCUGUGGAGAAGAACAGCAGCCAGAUCCCUGCAGAGACCACGCAUAAAACCAAAGUGAAACCAGCACCUCUGGAAAUAACUCCGGUGUCGCAGGACUGGCAGGAAGUCCCGCCUCCUGUCCGCUCACCUGUCACUCGGACCUUCACUAGAGGUCCGUCCAUUCGUGGGUCGUUCAGGCCGAGCUCGGCCCAAAGCUCAUCCCCAUCCUCCGAUUCUGACGACCCCGACGACAGUUACGUAAGCAUGGUGACCUCCAGCCUCAGUCAAAGUGCCGGGGAGCAGUCGCUGAGGAUGAUGGUGCACCGCGGCUCUGAGGGGGGAGUCAGCAGCCCACUGGCGCAACGGGCUGAGAAACAGGUGGAGUAUCUGGACCUGGACCUCCACACAGGACGAUCGACACCGACAAGACAAAAGCGCUCCACAGCAGCAGGUGGGCCCGGCAGCAGCCAUCAGGCUGCAGCGGGUGAUGAACGAGCGCGCGGCGACCGCAGGCGGGUGGACUACGUGGUGGUGGAUCCCAAACGGACCAAAGCUCUGAAGAACACGCGGGAAGCGUGGCAUGAUGGGAGGAUGUCCACAGAAAAAGAGAAAAGCUAGACAUGCUGGGGCAAAAGCACUCCCAGAGGAACCGCUGCUGUUUGGACCAAGUUCUUCAUUAUCAGACUAACAGACAUCAGUGUUUGUCUGAAGCAAUAAAUCACUUCACAUCUUGUUUUCUUUCUCCUUAAAGGGGCAGUAUCACGUAUUUUGUAUCCAGUAACUGUUACCUUCUGUUGUAAAAAUUCUACUUAUGUCAAGUAUGACUAAAAAAUAGUUACUUUGUAAAUUUACGCCUUGAAAUUUAAGAAACUCAUGCUCUUUCUGAAACUCACCUUUCAUUAAGUCGUCACAACAUGGCUCCUCCAUUAACCCUUUAACAUCCUGUUUACCAGCAUUUCACUGAAACAAUGAGCUCAGCACAUGUGCACUUCCACCAGCUGCUUGCUAAUUUCUGCUGGCUAGUCUGGAGGAGCGUAGUGGGGGGAUUUGCUGAGUGGAAAAAAAGAGGCAACAUGCUGAGUGGUUGCGAUGGAGACUAAAGGAUUUCUCAAAACGUGCUUGAAAAAAUCUGAUGAGGGAAAUAAUGUCAAAAAUGUUGAUUUUUAUGUGAUACUGCCCCUUUAAAAGUUCAACCAGAAUGUAAAUCACAAGUAGCUCAUCUGAAUGUUUCUUGGAAUCCUUGAGGUGAAAAUUAUUUAUUUUAAAUUGUAUAAUUACACUCAAUGGCCACUUUGUUAGACGGACAGCAGUAACGCGAUUUGUGUCUAACUUUAGAAAAGCAUACAUUUUUUAUGGCUUAGAGAUUUAAUCUAUAUCACCAGAAUAGCAUAAUUGUAUUGCUGCUGAUCCACUUUUAUUAUAUUUAUUCCAAGUUUUGGACCAAACCAUCUGAAUGUGUGAAUAUUUGCUCACUGUGGAUUUUCUGUCUUUUGAAUCGU